AUGGGCGACAGUAACAGAGAGCCAGGCAAUCCGAUGGCCCGCAGUGUCGCAGGAGGUGCGAGACCACCCGCAACCACAUCCGCCUUGAAUGCCUUGAACAUCGUAUCCCCUCCCGGCUCGAGAACACCUCCCAGCAUGCCAUCCAAAACAACCCUUUUCUUCCCAGAGUCAACGGGAAGACGACAAAAUAGUCGAAACACUAUGGAGCCGGUCGAUCCUGAUGCGCUGACGAAAGCCUUGAAAGAGUACGAGGAUGCUGGGCGCGCCCGGGAAAGAACUCCAGGCACAAGCCCCAGUCGAAAACGACAGCGAGUAUACGGCGACAGAUUUAUUCCAAAUCGAGAAGGUCAAGACCUUCAAGCAACCUAUAGUCUGCUUCACGAGGAUGGUUGCCCUUCCACACCAUCCAAAUCAAAGAAGCGCACCCCUCACUCAGAGCUGCAUUUCCAAAGGACGGAAGAAGCAAACAGAAUGUACUCGCGAGUCUUGCGCAGCGAGCUUUUUGGCAGUACUGUCCCUCAAGCUGAUCUGGACUCCCUCGCGUCCGACCCUCUACUGGGCCUCAGCGCUGGUAUCAAUGACAAGACUCGUUCGCAUACACCACCUUCACACGUGGUGUCGGCUCUCCCCCCAGCCAGCAUCACCCCGUCAACCCCCCACAAAAACCUCUUUAAUUACGCCUCCCCACGUGCGGGAUCGGGCCACCCAACACCAUCCAAAACACCGCGCAGUCAACAUGGUCCAAAUCUCAAUGUACGCUCAGAGCUCUACAGCCUAUCUCCAAUCCGCUAUGAUAGCCAAAGGAUCCUUGAAACUCCUCGCAAACAACCCCGCUAUGUAAACAAAGUCCCGUAUAAGGUGCUUGAUGCCCCCGACCUACAGGAUGAUUUCUAUUUGAAUUUGGUCGACUGGGGUAGCAGUAAUGUUCUGGGGGUCGGCCUGGGAAACUCGGUUUACAUGUGGAAUUCGCAAACCGGAAGGGUAACGAAACUGUGUGAACUCAAGGACGAUACAGUUACGAGCGUCAGCUGGAUUCAAAGGGGCACCCAUCUUUCCAUCGGCACUGGCAAAGGUUUAGUGCAAAUAUGGGAUGCAGAGCGUUGUCGUCGUCUCCGAACCAUGAUAGGCCAUACCAAUCGUGUUGGUGCGCUGGCCUGGAACGACCACAUUCUCACAUCUGGCUCCCGAGAUCGUCUCAUUUUCCAUCGUGAUGUUCGGUCUCCCGAUCAAUACCUCCGUCGAUUAUCGGGGCAUAAGCAAGAGGUUUGUGGUUUAAGAUGGAAUACCGAAGAUGGCCAGUUAGCUUCCGGUGGCAAUGACAACAAGCUCCUGGUGUGGGACAAGUUGAAUGAAACCCCACUCUAUCGCUUUUCCGACCACACUGCGGCUGUAAAGGCCAUUACCUGGUCUCCACACCAGCAUCACCUCCUCGCAUCUGGAGGAGGUACAGCCGAUCGCACGAUCAAAUUCUGGAACACCUCCACCGGAUCCUUGAUUAAGGAAGUCGACACCGGUAGCCAGGUUUGCAACCUCGCCUGGUCCAAAAACUCCGAUGAGAUUAUUAGUACGCACGGUUACAGCCAAAACCAGAUUGUCAUCUGGAAGUAUCCUCGAAUGGAACAGAUUGUAUCAUUAACUGGCCAUACGUUCCGCGUCCUCUAUCUGGCCAUGAGCCCUGAUGGCCAAACUGUGGUCACCGGUGCUGGAGAUGAGACGCUGAGGUUCUGGAAGAUCUUCAACAAACGACCCGGAAGAGAGCACGGCCGAGAAGGCAGCAAAUUAGCGGAAUGGGGCACUAUUCGGUAA